AAUGGCCGAGUUUUGAGGGUGUAUUUUAUCCUUAUUGAAGAAGAUAUUAUCAACGUUUGCAGUUGUCUCUCAAAAAUAUUUGAUUCCUCACUGGAAUUACACGCUGGCCUUCUGUAAAUGUAGCAUUUAAAGAUGGCUGCUCCAAAGACCUUCAUUCCAAUGGUCUCUGCUUCUCCCCCACCUCUGGAUGGAUUUGAUGACGAAGAAGAGGAUGAUUUUGGAUCGUUUGCUAGCGCUGGCUUCUCGCCCGAAAAACAGAAACCUGCACAGCAGAAUGAUACUCAUUUCUUCCCCAUUAAGGAGGACCCAGAAGAUGGUGAUGAGGAGUUUGGGAACUUCUCUACUCCUGGCACAAACAACCACAGCGGAGAACCUUGUAAGCGGACAAUAGACGUACAAAACAAUGGAAGUGACGACACAGAAUUCACAGAUUUUCCGUCUCGUAUCACAAAACCGCAGAAAUAUGACGAAGAAAAUGACUCCAGUUUCACAGCAUUCCAUGGAUUUGUGAACGGGAGAGAACCACAUUCCAAUAAUCAGAACGAUAACUCCUGGGGCAAUGCACAGAAAUCUCAAAGUAUCAAGACGGCAGAGUUGUCGGAUAGUGGCAAUGAGUUUGACAACCAAAGUCAUUUAACGAUGGACGAUAAAAGCAGACAAUGUGUCGAGCAUGGACUGCAAGAUUCCAAAGACGAAGCGUCGGAUAACCAAAGUAGAAAUAGCGAGAAUACAAAUUCAUCAAACUCGUAUAGCGAUGAUGCAACGUUAGAUUUUCAGUCUCCGUUCACAUCGGACUCUCAUUCACAAGACACGGAUUCCUCUGAUUUCCCUUCCUUCCGUACUGCUAAAAAAGACAGUCUAAGCUCUCAACUCAACAAAAAGACUCUCGGACUAUCAGAGAGUAGCAUUUUAGGUACACAAAAUCAAGUUAACUUAUUCCCUAAGCCAAAUGUAGAAUCAAGUGAGAAUUGGACGGAAGAAUCUAGAAACAUUGAUGACUCAUCCGCAAGAGUCCAAGCUGAAGGUUUAAGCGACGAUGAAUUUGGGGACUUUGGUUCUUUCGCCCAACCUGCCAAAAAACUUCAACCGACAUCAUCGUUCCAGACAACCAAAAGCUGGUCGACGACAAGUCACUCAGAGUCACCAUCUGAAAGUGCCAAACUUGAUUUUCCAGAGCCACGUUUAAACACGGACAGAGAAGUCUUGUUUCCCGACUCUAAGUCAGUUGAACCAGAGGGUGACGAUUGGGGUGAUUUUGACAGCAUGCCAGCAACUACUGUCAAAGCCACGGAACCGAAAUCUGAAAUCAAAAUCCAGGACGUCACAAAUUGUGAUGAUGAUGAUGAUGAUUUUAAUGAUUUUGAGUCGUUCAAAGAAAAACCACCAUCUGAUACUUUCAAACCAGAUAGCGUUGCGUCCCAGUCGUGGGAGGAUGAAAGUUACGGUGGAUUUGGAGCAUUCAAGGACAGCUCUACGCUAAGACAAAAAACCCAACCCACCGCAGCAACAGUAAAAACAAUCAAGUCUGACAGCUCAGGUUUUUCCUCCAAGGACCAGAGUCGGACAAUUUCGUCGUCUGCCUCAGCUCUUGAAGAGGAUGACUUUGGAGAUUUCGGUGCAUUCAAAGAGGGAAACACUUCUCAGGCAACGUCUUUUGGAGCUGGAGAUUUUCAGGCUUUUGAUGAGAGGACUGAAAAGGAAAAAGAUGACUUUGGUGGUUUCAGUUCCUCCUUUGACUCAUUGGCAGCUACUUCAUCUCAGCAGGCAACGGGCAGUCGGGUGGACAGCGUGUUUAGGUCAUGCUUCCCUGGCAAUGGGCCAACGUUGGCAGCUAAUCUCAUUGUUGACCUAUUGACGGACCUCAUCAUCAAGGGAGGAGAGGAGUCGGAAGAAGGGACGGGUACUCAAGGAGCUGACAAGAGCAAGCACACAAGGGAUCAGAACGGCAACGUGUGGAGCUGCCUGAGAGACCUUGAGAAAACCAACGCUUUGUGUUACCAGUGGACAAAGUCAGGCAAUAGCAAACAACUCCUUGGCUCACUCGGCAUUGAUUCCAGAAACAUCCUGGCAUCUAAGAAGGCAGGUAUGCCCAUCUUUGCUCCUAAUCUUGGGUUGUUGGUGCCCAGUAAACCCAGUGAGAAGCAGCUGGAGAGGCCGGAUGCCUUAGGGGGUCUGACCCAGGAGAGUCCGGAGGGAGAACAGGGAACCAUCUUGGCCACCGGGACACCGUUGGACGCAGUUCCUAAGGUUGAAUUUGACUGGAGUAAUAGUGGCCUGACUAACCCAUUGGAUGCCAAUGGUCUGAAUCUGGAUAUCUUUAGCAAGGAAGGAGGCACCAGAGGGUACCAUUCCAGUGCCAAAUCUAAACAUAAAUCAGGGUGGUUCCGCCGCAAAGCGCCACCGUUGGAUCCCGAGAUCUUAAAGCUGGAGAAGUCAGGUCCUCCACAGCCCCUUCCAGCCCAGGCAACAAAUAAACCCCUAGAUGACAUCCUGAAGAACACCACAACGUCCAUGGUAAAGCAGAAGACCCAGAGAGACUCCGGUCUGAGCACCGAGGCCAACCGAGUCCUAGACGGGCUCCCCAGACUGUCCUUCAUGCAUGCCAAGGUACUGAUGUUCCCGAUGAGACCAAUAGAGGGCAGUACAACAAUCGGCUCACCACACGGCUCCCUCUUGUGACAAGGGAAGUGAGAAUAAUUUGAACUGUAGCAGAAUUGUAGCAAAUUUUUAAACUUCUCACAUCUUCAUGAGAGACCAAUAGAGGGCAGUACAACAAUCGGCUCACCACACGGCUCCCUCUUGUGACGAGGGAAGUGAGAAUAAUUUGAACUGUAGCAAAAUUGUAGCAAAUUUUAAAACUUCUCACGUCAUGGGAGAGCAGCACCAGUACUAGAAGAUUGAGAGGGGUGAGACAUCGAGAUACUAUUUCUCAAUUGUCAAAUGUAUUCUUCAAUUGUCACAUCUAUUUAAUAGGAUUUAAAGUCUAUUCGUUUUAAAGCUGUGGUCUGGGAAAGCCAUCACGCGAUAUUAAGUCAAUAUGCCACGACUUGGAAGCCUGUGUCUUGCUCCCUGUA